AUGCAGUUUACAAUGCCAAAGGAUUUGCCUGCUCGUCCCCCUCACUCUGUUUUCCAGUGGUAUAAGCACUUCGCUGGCUAUGCACCUGCCUCCGACAACACCAACGACCCCAUCAAGACUGUCCUGUACGGUAAUGGCCAUGGCAAAGAACUACACCUGCUGACUCCAGUACUCACUCUCCUGUUCCCUCCGAACUCACACAAGGGCAGGCGCCUAUGUUGCAAACAGUUCUGCGAGCGCUACGCGUCCGACAAGGCUGACUUCGAGCAGCAUCUAGCUGCACGUGAACAGAUCCUCGCCGGUCUGUCAAAGCUGACACUUGAGCAGCAACUUGCUACCAUUCCACUGGCGACACACACGCCGAUUGCUCCGAAGCCAGUACUCAUCAACUUCAACAAACACACUCCCGCCGACCUUGUCUGCAUUUUCACACUAAAGUUUGACGGCACGCUUAAACGCCUCAACGUCUUCGAGACUCUCGAGCUCGACGACCUCAACUCUGACAAACACUGUCUACCAGACAUCUGCAACGUCAUCAAGUACAAGGAGUGA